CUCGCACUCUCUUCGCUCCUUCAUCGCCAUCCAAUCUUCGCCAUCACUUCCAUCAACAUAAAAAGGUAAGAGUAAUGCAUCGCCGCGAGCUUUCUUUCGUACUUGUUUUUAAAGACGACAGACUCCUCACUGACAAACCAACUAAAACCACACACUUUUUUUUCCCACCAGAAGGAAUCCCACACACACAUACACACACAUACACACACACAUUCGACGCGAUAUCCACAGAAUGACGAGUGUCCAAGACUUGUUCGCGCAGGGCAGCCACUCCUUUGCAGAUGAGGACUAUGAAGAGGCCCUGAGCUAUUAUUCCAAAGCCAUUGAGAUCAACGCGACUCAUGCGGAGAUCUUCUUGAAGCGCUCUGCCACGUAUCAAAAACUUGGAAAGGACAAGGAGGCCUACGAGGAUGCUGUUCGGGCUUUGUCACUUAUCAAGGAAAAGCCUGGUGUGGAUGUUGAAGUUGAGGCCAAGGCCCAGCUUCGUAAGGGAGUGGCGGCAUUCCAUCUCCAAGACUAUCAGACAGCCAAGCUCGCAUUGGAGGCAUGUCAGGUUUUGAGCCCUGAACAGCGCACGUUGGCGAGCUGGAUCCGUAAGAACGAGCAGGAGUUGGCGAAGCUACCCAAGCCUGCACCUGCAGCAGCUCCAGCUUCAGAGGCUACCCCAGUUGCAUCGCCGACCGUGUCUCUUUCACCCGCCACGACUCCAGUCCCUGCUCCCCUGACUCCUGCGGCCCACCGUGUCAGACACGAGUGGUAUCAGAACGACACUUUCGUCACCAUCAGCGUGUUUAUCAAGAACACGAAGAAGGAAGCUGUCGACAUCAACAUUACUGAAAAGGCUCUAUCGGUGUCUGUGAAGAUGCCGACCGGAUCAGACUACAAUCUGGAGCUAGACCCACUAAGCCACGAGGUGAUCCCCUCGGAGAGCAAAUACGAGGUCCUUUCCACCAAGAUCGAGAUUCAGCUCAAGAAGCAGGUCUUUGGUAUCAAGUGGGGCGCUCUCGAGGGCAACGAUGCUAAUGCAGGCUCCAUGGCCACUGUUUCAGCGAGUGCUACGCCAGCAUACCCGACAUCCUCUAAGAAGGCCAAGAAUUGGGACGCUUUGGAGAAGGAGGUAGCGAAGGAUGAGGAGAAGGCAGACGGGGACAAGGCACUGAACCAGUUGUUCGCACAGAUCUACAAGGAUGCUGAUGAUAAUGCGAAGCGGGCUAUGAUGAAGAGCUUUACGGAGAGCAAUGGCACAUGCUUGUCGACUAACUGGGAUGAGGUCGGCAAGGGAACUGUUGAGACGCGUCCUCCAGAGGGAAUGAUCGCCAAGAAGUAUAACCCGUAAAGAGAUCAUGGCAAAUGCUAUCCAUUCACACACACCACAUACACACGAUCAAGGAAUUGAUUAUUUCCUAUAUACAAAUGCAAAGGAAGAGGGAGGGAAAAAACAAUGCUAUUUGUAUACAGCAUAGCACACAAAUAUGUCAAUGCUAGUCGCCCACCAAAUAAUAAAACCAAAGCUGUUUGGCGG